AUGUCAGACAUCAAGCCUUACCAGAUUCAUGUGUCCGACUUUAGAGUCGAUAGGCUCAACCAGAAACUUGCCUUGACAGACUUUCCCAGUCAGAAUUAUGAUCCAACAUCUGCCUCGUGGAAGCUAGGACCUCCUGUGAAUGAGAUCGAGCGACUGGCAAGGGUGUGGCAGUCAAGCUUCGACUGGCGCCAGGUUGAAGCACGCCUCAACCAGUUGCCUCAGUUUACCGUCCCGAUCGAAACAGCUGACUUUGGGGCGUUUGACGUCCACUUUGUGCACAAACAGAGUAGCCAGGCGCAUGCCAUCCCGCUCCUCUUCCUGCAUGGCUGGCCCGGCAGCUUUUACGAGGUGUCAAAGAUCAUCGACCCUCUGGUGCAGGGUGAAUCACAUGAGGAUCAGGUAUUUCAUGUUGUUGCACCAAGCCUGAUUGACUUUGGGUUCUCCUCGCCAAGCAAGGUAUGUGGGUUUGAGUUUGAACAUCAUGCAGACGUUUAUGACAAGCUUAUGCAGAAGCUCGGGUACGAUCGUUAUGUGAUCCAGGCUGGAGAUGUUGGAUGUCUGGUCAUGAGAUACAUGGCCAAACUGUACGGUCCUUCACGAUGCAUGGCUUGUCACACAAACACGCCCGUACCCAGAGAGCCGACAAAAGACACCCACCCGGAGUUGCAUGCAAAGACCUCGGCAACGCAGCUCACAGAGACUGAGCAAAAAGCUCUGGAGCGUACGGGAGUCUUCUAUAAUGAGGGCAGUGGAUACUAUAAACUACAAUCUACGAGACCCUUCACCAUCGGUUACUCGCUGAGAGACAGUCCUGUUGGUCUCCUGGCAUGGAUCUAUGAAAAGCUUCGAGAGUGGAGCGAUGACUACCCGUGGAGUGACGAAGACAUUCUCACCUGGGUUAGUAUUUACUAUUUCUCGACGCCUGGACCAGAAGCCACCAGCAAUGUGUACUAUGCGAUAGAACAUGGCGAGCUGCCAGCGUUUGCUGUCGCCGCCGAGUAUAUGGAUGUACCACUGGGUAUUUCUCGGUUCUCUAACGACCUCGUGCUUUUACCCAAGUUGUGGAAUCAGACUCUUGGUCCAAUAAUGUAUGAAGCUGACCAUGCAAAGGGUGGUCACUUUGCUGCUUGGGAAAGGCCGGACGCAAUCGUUCAGGACUUGCGUGCUAUGUUUGAGUUGUUCAAACAUGGCCGUGAAACGUAUGUGGAUGGUAUGAGGAAGAACGAGUAG